UUUAAUCUCUUCUCCGUUCGCAGCGCAACAAAACAAAAAACAACACUCACCCCGCGAAUCAGUGAUUAAAAUGGACCUCACCCUCAACCGCAGCUAAAUUGCAACUUCUAAUAGUCUCUGUCCACUCGGGAGGUAACGAAGCGCAGCUCAGUCACCGGUCGAAGCCAGACGUCGAAACAAGUGCACAAGAAAUCUGCAAUCAUCAUUAGUGUCACAUUUUAAUUCAAUUACCGCAACGCCACUCGCCGGACGAGCUCAAGAAAAGCGCCAUCCACGCCCCCGUGAAGUCAUCUUGGUGCAUUCGUUCUUAAUCUGUUGCCUCAGGUGAUCAACGGAAGAGGCUUGUCUCUUGCUGGGAGACAGUUUUAAAUUCUUAUGUAAGUGUUCGUCUAUCUGUGUAAGUGUAUGUGUGUGUAGCAAAAGGCACGACCGAAGCCUAAUGAGUUCAACAGCCGGCAAAAGCUGCACAGAAGACCACCAAUGAAGCUUGAAGACCUGAACGGAGCUGCCGGAAGUGGCGGCACAGGUGGGGAAGUCAUGUUCAGUGACGUCAGAUGGACAGUUGAACCCGGUAGCGUUCGAAGUGGCGAAGGUCGCCGAAAAAGUGCCAAAUGUAGCAAUCGCGUGUCGCGAAAGAUCGUCAAGGGAGCUGAAGAAGUGAUGGCGGAGAGCUCGACCGAAGCAUUCCAGUCCUGCCCAUUGCCGACGAUGCCUUGUCCAGCGGCGUCCAGAAGGUUGAGUGGGAGUGGUAACUCAGCGGAACAGUCGAACAGCAGCAGCAGCAGCAGUAGUAGGCGGCGAUCUAGGUCGUCGUCAUCCAGCAGGUUGUGGUGCUGGCACCGGUCUUCGCCGGCGUUAGUGUUGUACAUAGUAGGCGUAGUGUUAGUAGGUGCAAUUUCCACGGUUUACUGUGAUGCAGUUAGUAGUGGGGGCAGCAGCAGCAGCAGUAGUAGUGUUAGUAGUAAUAGCAAUCCUAAUCAAAGAGGUGGUGAUAACGCCGUCGUGGACGGGGGGCAACAUCUGGUCAGUGGCGAGAGCAACGCGGUGGAACAGGACGACGCGUUCGGCAGUGGGAGUGUGGGUGCGUGCGAGGAUCAUUACGAGGGCAGCGGACACUACACACACCACUGGGCGGUGCACAUUCCGGAGGGCGGCGGCGAAACGGCGGAACAAGUCGCCGACGAGCACGGGUUCAUCAAUCAUGGCAAGGUAGGUCCCUAUUUUAUCACCUAUUAUAAAAUGAAAACGUUUUCUGGAUACAGUGUUGCCAAAUAUACUUGAUGUUUGUUUUAAAAG